AUGGAUAAAAUCAGUUAUCAAGGAUUAUAUUACAUAGCCUUUUUUAUAAUAAGAGAAAUUGGUUGUUCGUUGGUGGCAUUUUGGCCGAUGAACCAUGAACACAUCGAAGAGGAUAUCAGUGGACAUGGCAACCAUUUGAAUAUAAGCAAUGUUGACUUGGAAUGUGGUCCAAUGAAGCGUCAAGCUGGUGCACUGAGUUUCCAUGGAAAUGUAGAUUCAUACGCCAGGUUGGCGCCUUCUUCUAGUCUCGACGUCCAGCGCUCCAUGACCUGGAUGGCUUAUGUCUACGGGGGUAUGCCGCCUAAUAACCAAGGCCCUUUGUUGAACUUUGAGUAUCCCUGCACGGGCACCGGGUGCAAAACAUGGGGCACACAUAUAUGGAGAAUGGGUAACAUCCUCUUUUUCAAAGUUGUCAUGCGUAAUGGGACCUUUACUAACGCCGUUAGUGUAUCUGUGCUAGCACCAAAUGAAUGGCGGUUUGUGGCGGUGACAUAUAACUACACGUCGGGCGAUGCUUCCAUUUGGAAUGACGGAAAUAAAGCUCAAACGAGAAAUGUAGGCUCGACCGAACAAGCUACGCAAUAUGAAGCGGGAAUGGGAAUUAAACUGACCGAGGACUCCAGAGCGUUCAGUGGAAGGCUUGCUUGCGUCCAGAUACACGACGAGGCUCUGGAUAUGAGUACAUUCAAUAGGACACAACUUGAAAAUGACUGUUUUGGAAUCAGUGACUGUUCUUCUGACCCAUGUGUAUUUGGCACAUGCCACGACGAGUGCUUUGGCUACAUGUGCGCCUGUCAUCCAGGAUACACAGGAGUCCAUUGCGAAGAAGAUAUCGACGAAUGCGAAAGCACUCAAUGCUACAACAACGGUACAUGUGUAGAUCUCAUUGCUAACUUCACUUGCGACUGUGUAGGAUACUUUGGUGGGAGGUUUUGUGAAAAUGAGACAGAUCCUACAACAAUGGCCGACACAACGACUGAGGAUAUAACAACGACCGAACUUGACUUGACUACAACGAAUGCAGAUAGCAAUACUGAAGUGAGCGUCUUCUAUUCAGUGGAAACAACUCCUUUUUAUAUAUCAACAGAAAUGGACUCAUCUAUUACAAGUCUUUUCUCAACAAUAACGACAUCGCAGGCACCAUCAACUGGAACAACAGCAGCAACGACAGCUACACAGCUUCCUACAACGGAUCCCCUUCUGGCAGUGCCUUCAUCAACAGCGCCUGUACCUACGCCAUUAUCACCCAUGGACGCUACUACUGAUAGUUAUGACGUCGUGACAGUUACUACAAAUGUUAAUACACAGGAUACUAAACAAAUGACUGUAGUUACUUUCAAGACUGUUCCUGAUGAGAACAAAUAUGUUAGAGCGAAGCGAAUAAACUAUGCUGUUACAGAAGCAGUUGGUUCAGAAACCAUUGGAACGGUAAUGAUAGUGUUUGUUAUUGCAUUCAUAGCUUUUAUCGUGUUCCUCGAUUCUGGAAUAUUGUUCAGAGAUACAAAGAAAUGCUUCAGAAAUAUAUUUUCUACCAGACGGCCAAAAAGACAAAGAGCAAUGUAUGAUUUCUUCACAUCAAUGCAUCCUCAUCUUUCCGAUCCAACAUCCAACAAUAUCAACAAUACUGACGAUAUUCCUAUUACAGCCGAACCAACUGAAUAUGCAAAUAACAAAAUGGAUAUACGUAUAAACGAUGAUGACGGGGAUGAGCCAGAUGACGUUGGUGAAUCAGACAAAAUCAACGAGGCUGAAAUAAUAACUUUACCAAAUGAACUAACAAUUAAAAGUUAA